AUGGAUGUCCUGAUCCACCGGUUCGGCGGAUUUGAAUUCUCUCCUUACCAAAGGAAUCAAUCAUCUCUGCCUCCACAGCCUGACUACCUGACAAGUCUGGAGCUCCUCAAGCUCAGUUUCUCUGCUCAACGUUUAAAAGCGGCCAAGAUUCGGUGGCCGUAUGAACUUGCAUCUCAAGCUGCAAGGCUCGCCGCCACAGUCCUCAUUACGGUUGCCUUCAUACAUGGCCGGAUACACUGGUCAAAUAUUCUAGUGGUUGCAUAUGCUUUCAUCCUUGGCCUGCUGCGCCUUUUCAACCACCUACAAUGGCGACACGUGGCUCUGCACCAAGUCAACCUGGUGCUCACUGCCAUGUUGUUCAUCCUUAUCGUCGGUUACACUUUGCCUUGUAUCCAGACUGGUACACAAUGCCUCCGCGAUGCUAGUGUUUCCGGGGCUAUCGCGGCCCUCACUGUGGCAUUUGCCGUGGCCAUUACCACACCGCGAGAAUGGACACCUUUGCCGGUUGACCUCAACAUCCCCGGCUACAACCAGGAUGAGCCUGCCCCUGAAGAGGCCUGCAGUUGGUUCACCUACUACUGUUCCUACGACUGGCUAACACCCAUCAUUUGGAAGGGUACCAAGCGCAAACUUGAUAUGGCUGACAUCCCCAAGCUUGCUUGGUAUGACGAGCCCAUGUACCUCCUGCGCCGUGUCCAGGAGGCCAGGGCCAUCUCGAAAAAGACAUUGCGCACGGUAAUCCGCUUCCAGAAGAGCGAGCUGGUCCUCAUGUCUGCUUGGGUCGGGUCUGCAUACACGGUAGAGACUGUGGCCGCCUACGCCAUGUUCAAACUCCUCGAGUACCUUGCUAACCCAAACGGUGCCAUCUACAAGCCCUGGCUCUGGCUACUUCUCAUGUUCCUCGGCCCCCUGGCUCGCUCUGUUUGCUUCCAGCAGUACAUCUUCACGUCCACCAGACUCGUGGUUCGCAUUAAAUCUGCCUUUACUCAGGAGUUGUACUACACUGCGCUCGAGUCGAUGGAGAUGGAGGAAGACCCCUUUGAGCUGCAGUCAGGAGGCGCGAAGCCAGGCCACCACAAGAGCCAGGGCCAGAAGAGCGCCAAGAGCACCUCGGCAGGACGACUGGCAAACUUGAUGGCUUCUGACAUCGAUGCCAUCUACAGGUCACGGGAUAUCAUUCAAGCUACUGUCGGCGUCCCUGCCGGUACCAUAAUUUCUCUUGUUGGCAUGUAUAGGAUGCUCGGCUGGGCCUCCCUCGUCGGGACAGUUAUUCUAUUCCUGGCGACUCCCCUCUCCGUCUGGCUGGGACGAAAGAUGUUCUUCUCGCAGCGCCGGGUUAGGAAGGCCCAAGAUUCACGCAUGUCCCUCGUGACAGAGUAUCUUGCUUCUCUCCGUGCCAUCAAGUAUUUUGCGUGGGAGAAUCCCAUCACGGAUAAGAUCAUCGAAGCUCGGACUGCAGAGCAGAAAGAGCUCUGGAGGACUUCUAUGCUCCAAGCUUUGCUGAACCAAGUCAUGCAGAUCUUUCCCUACCUGUCCCUGCUCGUCAUGUUUGGGCUCCACGUUGGCAUCGAGAAGCGUCGUCUCGAUGCUGCCACUGCCUUCACAACCAUCUUUCUUGUCAAGAACGUUCGCAGAAACAUCAUGCAGGCUAGUGCCUUUGGCAGAAACUUUGCGAGCGCCCUUGUGUCGGUGAAGCGGCUGGACAAGUACUUUGAGAGCACAGUUCCCAUUGUUCACUAUCCGGUAGGUCCGCUGCGGAUGCAGGGAGCAUCAUUCCGGAAGACCAAGAAGGCUACGUUCACUUUGAACGACAUCACGCUCGAUUUCGCCCAAGGAGGCCUAAACGUUGUCGGCGGUCCAAGUGGAAGUGGAAAGACGACACUCUUGUUGUCUAUUCUGGGUGAGACGUAUCUUGAGAGCGGCUCCUUGACAAGACCCGAAGACGUUGCUUUUGCAUCCCAGUCUGCUUGGCUGCAGAAUGAUACUAUCCAGGCAAAUGUCCUCUUUGGCAGUCCCAUGGAGGAAGCAAGGUACAAGCGUGUCAUUGAAGCAUGCUGCCUCUGGGAAGACUUUAAGGAACUACCCGCCAGGGACAUGACGACGGUAGGUGAGAAUGGCACUUCUCUCUCAGGAGGUCAGAAGGCUCGAGUUGCCCUCGCAAGAGCACUGUACUCCAAGGCGCCCCUCUUGCUACUUGACGACAUCUUUGCCGCUCUGGAUGCCAAGACAGCUGCAGGUGUCUGGAAGUAUUGCUUUUGUAGUGACCUUUUGAGUGGGAGGACGACAGUGCUAGUGACUAACCUGCCUUGGAUCUCUGAGCAAGCCGACUUUUCUGUGUCGAUGGAAAAGGGGCAGAUCAGCUCGGCUGAAUCCCAGAUUGGUGUCGUUCGCAAGCCUAUCGCCAUUGCUCAGGUCUUGGGAGGAGACCCUGAGGACAACGAAGCUCCUGACGAGACCGAACCGGCGAUCCAGUCUAAUGGUGACUCUCUGAACGAUGCGAACAAGGUCUCGGAGCAUAAGACGAUGAAGGAUCUUGUGAGCCAGGAAAUGAAGGCAUCUGGAAAAGUUGGCCGCAACACUUUUUUGCAGUACAUGAGCUACUUUGGACAUCCGCUGUUUGUCAUUGCGUGUCUUGGUCUUCUUUUGGGUACCAACAUCUUCACCUUUGCCAGCACUCUGUGGCUUUCCGUCUGGGUCGAGGCAUACGACCACCAAGCGCACAUCGACAUAGCUUACUACAUGGGCAUUUUUGCUGCCCUCACCUUUCUAGAGAUUGGCACUUAUUGUCUGGCUAUCAUUAUGUUUGAGUGGGGGGCCUGGCGUGCGGCCAGACGCCUACACAACGACUUCAUCCGCGCCAUCAUGCGAGUCUCUCUGUCGUGGUUCAAGCACAUUCCUAUCGGCCGUAUCACCAAUCGCUUCUCAAGCGACAUGGCCUCGAUCGAUGGGACUAUCUGUACCAUGCUGAGACUCAUGCUUGAUACGAUCCUUCUGAUGCUAUUCCGCAUCGGUGCUGUGAGCAGCAUCAUGCCUAUCUUUAUGGUUCCGGCACUGUUUACUUGUCUGUUUGGUGUUCUCAUCGGAGAGAUGUACACCCGCACUGCCGUUGUCAUCAAGCGUCUCACCUCUUCAGCACAGUCACCAGUGUUUUCACAGUUUGCCGAUACCCUCGCCGGUCUACCUGUUAUCCGUGCUAGAGCGGGCAUGUCGUCGACAUUCCGAGAGGAGCUGGCUGCAAAGUUGCGAGCCUGGUCUGCGUCUUCUGUGGCCAGCUUCAAUGCUAACCGUUGGGUUGCCGUGCGUGUAGACUUUGUGACGGCACUUGUGAGCCUGUCGGCUGGUAUCAUUGCAGUAACUCAAGCUGGAGUUGUGGCUGCGGGCCUGGUUGGUUUCUCACUCACCAACGCCAACGGACUUAGCCAGACUAUCCUGUUGCUAGUCCGUGCCAUGAAUGAUCUUGAGGUCGAGAUGCAGAGUUUCCACCGAGUCAAGGAGUAUGUCAAGCUGGAGCCCGAAGAGAAGGAAGACGAGACAUAUCCUGAUGAGGGCGAGUACACAGAUGACCCGACUCAUGUGAUACCUGAAGACUGGCCUCGAUCUGGCGAAAUCGAGUUUAGGAACGUGACCAUUCGGUACGAUCCGAAUGGGCCUGAUAUCCUCACCGACGUAAACCUCAAGUUCAAGGCGGGUGAACGCGUGGCCGUGGUAGGACGAACAGGGUCGGGCAAGAGCACGCUGGUCCUCUCCCUGCUGCGCUUCACACAUGUCGUCUCUGGGGAGAUUCUGUAUGACGGGGUUGAUAUCACCAAGGUCCCUCGACAUCGCCUUCGCGAGAGUCUGACCAUCAUUCCACAAGAAGCUGUCCUGUUCAACGGUACUGUCGAGUCCAAUCUCGACCCAGGCGGUCAAGUUCCCAAGGAGGUGCUUGACAAGGCCCUCGACAACUGCAAGGGAAUAGCGUCCUUUUCUCCGCAUGCCUCGGAUGACAGCGACAACGAGGAAAAUGCUGCCGAUGACGAGGAUCAUAGUGCUGUGACACUUGGAACCAUCGUGGACGCCAAGGGCGAGAAUUUCUCGCAUGGUCAACGACAGGUGCUCUCGCUGUGCCGGGCACUCAUUCGUCAGAGCAAGCUGAUGCUUCUAGACGAAGCGACAGCCAGCAUGGACUACGAGACGGAUAGAGGCAUCCAGAGCGUCCUGCGAAGGGAGCUGGAAGCCGAAGGCGGAGACCGCACGCUGGUGACAAUUGCCCAUCGCCUGCGUACCAUUAUUGACUAUGACACUGUCGUCGUCAUGAGUGCUGGACGUGUACUUGAGUGCGGUUCUCCCCGAGACUUGUACAAUGCUCGAGGUCAAUUUUACGACAUGGUAUAUCACAGUGGCGAGAUGGAGGAUUUGCGAGAACUUUUGGACGCGUAA